AGCCAAGAAGAAACCCGCCGCAGCACUAUCCACAUGCGAGGCCGAGUACAUGGCUCCAGCUCUAACAACACAGGAGUGUAUUCAUUUGGAGCAACUACUGGGAGAAAUAGAUGCAUAUGUGUAAGAAAACGGAUGUUCAUGAGGAUAACCAGGGGACAGUUGUUAGGAACCCUGUGUGUAGACAAAGACUUGCAUGUAGACAUUAAAUAAGUCUAGGUCAUCAGGUCUACCAUAGGGUGACCCACAGCAUUGGUGUGUAAAAUGUUGACAUUUGACUAUGUCAUGUUUUUGUUGUGUUUUGUUUAUUUGGUUACGUAAAAGUUGUACAGUAUACAUGUCAUUCAUAAGUGGGAGUGUUGAGAGCGGAUACGUGUAACUGUAUUUGUUCAGGAGGAGGCGCAGUUGCGUCUCAUAUGGCAUAGAGUCACGUGUGACUGAUGACACCACUGCCGUGUAAGGGGGAUCCUCACCCUCUCUCUCUGUACCCGACUCUCACUGAGAGCAGCAUGCAACAGAAGACUGCAGCCCAGAGCAGUGUGCUACAAACCUACAUCCACCAGCUCGGUGGGGUCUUCUGACACGAUCUCCAGCUUCGAAAGGAGACUUUUGACAGCAUCUUGUCUCGCAGGCUUGAGGACGCAUUGAAACACUUGUUUCUCUGGUUUAGUCUCCAACAUUACAACGAGCCGUGGACAUCGUCUUUACAGGUGCUGAAGGUUAAGCGGGUCAUAACGAGACAAAAGAAACGCGGACAUGGCCUCGACACUGUAUGAUGAGAAACCAGAACUUGGGGACCUGAUUGAGAUCUUCAGAGGCACCUAUCAGCACUGGGCCGUGUAUGUAGGCGAAGGCUUUGUAGUCCACUUGUCACCACCCUCAGAGGUCGCGGGUGCGGGUGCCAACCGCUUUAUGUCUGUUGUAGCUGACCAGGCCGUGGUGAGUAAAGAUGAGCUUUGGUCAGUGGUGGGAGACAGCGAGUGGAACAUCAACAACUCCCUGGACAAGAAGUACGAACCCCGCCGGCCUGACGACAUUGUGAGGGAGGCCUGUGCGAUGGUGGGACACGUGCUGCCGUACUGCGUCUUCAGUCAGAACUGUGAGCACUUUGCAAAUGAGCUGCGCUACGGAAAGGCUGAGUGCCGGCAGGUGCGGGAGGCCGGACUAAUGGUCCUCGUGUCUGGUGUUGUUGUGGCAGUUGUGGGCGGCAUCGUGGGCGGCAUCAUGUAUUUUUUUCAUAGCAGGAAAAAACAAAACAAGAACAACCAGUGAUUGAAGUUGGCGGCCGCCUGUUCAGCGACUUGAUGAGCGCAUCACCGUCAAAGCCUAACUUACUCAUUGAGAACCAAAACAGUAAAGGCAGCCUCAUUUUCAUCUGUCAUUUAGACGGUGUAAUCUGCAGCUUCUUUACAUGCAUCCAAAUGAUCAAAUGACUACAGUACGAAAAUACGAUUUGUCAUGUAUUAUUAUCAAAACACCUUAAGUAAAGGGAUGUUACUAGAAAUUCGGCAGAGAAAAACGUUUUUUUACAGCGGUUUCCUGUAUUAUUACAAUCAACACCUUCAAUAAAGUGAUAUUGUUAAAAAUCUGCAGAGAAAAA